UGUUUUAAUCCAAAAGGUGAUUUAGAAGAAAAUGAAGAAAUUGUUACAGUAAGGCAUGAAGGGAAUUGGCAUUUGGUGUAGAUGGUGUUGUGUUUGUGUUAUGUGGUGAAGUGUGUCGUGGUGGCAGAGUGUAGCGGGGCCAUGUGUAUAGAUACAAUACAAGCAGAGAAGAGUAGAUGAGGAGGUGUAAAUACAAAAUUGCAAAUGCAUGCCUCGAUUGGAAGCAAAUCUAAUAUAUUCUAGUUCUAACCCUGAGCGGAGAAACCCUAGAUAGAAAGUAAAACAAGGAGAAUGAUGAAGAAGAAGAAACAGGUACCGGAGUGGAUGAACAGUUCUCUGUGGUCCUCCCCCUCCGAUCACCACCGCUUUAGCCCGCCCUCUCCUCCUCCUCCUCCUCCUCCGCCUCCUCCUCCUCCGCCUCCCCCCGUUUCUGUCAGAGAAGAUCCUCCAACUAAUCACAAUGCCUCUCCUUCUUCUUCGUCUGUCGACUCUUCUGCUUCUGCAUUCUCCGCCGCCGAUGACAUCUCCUCUCAGGCUCAAUUGUUGACCGAGUUAUCUAGGAAGAUGAUAGACAUGCGCGAAUUGAGGAGAGUCGCUUCUCAAGGUAUUCCUCGUGCUGCCGCCUCUGCUUUACGCCCUACGCUCUGGAAGCUUUUGCUUGGAUAUCUUCCGUCCGAUCGUGCCCUUUGGUCCUCUGAAUUAGCCAAGAAGAGGUCCCAGUACAGACAAUUCAAAGACGACCUCCUCAUGAAUCCUUCAGAAAUCACGAGGAGGAUCUACAACUCAGCUGCUCAUGACAUCGAUGAUGCAAAAUCUGAGACUCGUAUCUUGCUUUCUAGAUCACAAAUCACUCAUGAGGAUCACCCUUUGAGUCUUGGCAAGACCAGCAUAUGGAAUCAAUUCUUCCAGGACACAGAGCUCAUAGAGCAGAUUGAUCGUGAUGUAAAACGUACUCAUCCAGAUAUACAGUUCUUCUCCGGUGAUUCUCAAUUGGCAAAAUCUAAUCAGGAUGCUUUAAAGAACAUAUUAAUUAUUUUUGCAAAGUUGAACCAAGGUAUAAGAUACGUUCAAGGGAUGAAUGAAGUAGUGGCCCCUCUCUUCUAUGUGUUCAAAAAUGACCCCGAUGAGGAAAAUGCUGCCUUUGCUGAAGCAGACACAUUCUUUUGUUUUGUUGAGCUAUUGAGUGGGUUCCAAGAUAAUUUUUGUCAACAACUUGAUAAUAGUAUUGUUGGAAUCCGUUCCACUAUUACAAGAUUGUCCCAGCUUUUAAAAGAACACGAUGAAGAACUGUGGCGUCAUCUUGAGGUUACUACUCAGGUCAAUCCCCAAUUCUAUGCAUUUAGGUGGAUUACUCUCCUCUUGACUCAAGAAUUUAAUUUUUCUGACAUCCUCCAUAUUUGGGACGUCAUUUUAAGCGAUCCAGAGGGUCCACAGGAAACACUUCUUAGAAUAUGCUGCGCAAUGCUAAUUCUCGUCCGUAGGCGCCUCCUAGCGGGCGAUUUCACUUCUAACCUCAAGUUGCUGCAAAGUUAUCCUUCUACAAACAUCAGUCAUUUGCUCCAUGUGGCAAACAAGUUACGUGUACAGUCAGGCUAAUGAAAUUCUCCGUGAUUAUUUUGCUUUGUGUUUUUUUCUCUAACAUAGAGUUUUCGAUUUUAUAAUUGUAAAUUACUCUGUAAUUAUAAAUGUUGGUUCGGAGCAGCAACGGGUAUUUUUGCGUACUCUGGUUUUGUUAUUUUAUUUUUAGUUGUAAGUCCA